AUGUCUGGGUAUUGAGCGUGAAGCUAUCGAGCGGAACACGAAAACAGCCUUCCAGAAAAUGAACAGCUGUCUCGUUAUAUUCUGCGCGCUCUGGGGAGCUGCUGUUGGAAAUCUGAACUCGGGUGGAACGGGUGGACUCCCAGAGCAAAUAACAUUUCAAGUUUUCGUCGCCUAUGACGACAUCUUCCAGGCUAAUUUCCGUAACCAAACCUUGGGAACGCAGUAUGCCGCUGUGUUCUUCAAUGCGAUCAAUGUCAUUUUUGCAAUGAUGACCAAUCCGAGAAUCAAGUUUGAGGUUUCGAGGUUGUACGCUAAGGAGGCGGGGUUUACACCUGCUCUUACCUUGGUUGACAACGAGGUGGACUUCAACGCAAGUCUCGGUUCGAUCGCAAAAUUCGUCAGCACACGACCGGAGAUGAAUUCGUCAGACAUCGUGUUUGUUUUUUGCGGACGGAAGGUUUUCACAAAGGACAGCAACGGCAAGAAAUUGUACAGUCCUCAAGGUAUCACGUGGGAGGGCGGAAUAUGUAACGACGAAAGAAAGGUGGUUCUCGUCAACGACAUUGCGAAUAAUUUUUAUGCCUUGCCUUACGCUGGGUUCCAGCUCGCACGCAUGUGAGUAAACAGCCUCAUUGUCGUUUGCAACUUACCAUCCAUGUGAAGCUCUGUGCUGAUGAAUACUGCUAUUUUGGCGCACGUAAGUCAAUGGAAAGACGCAGUGAUGGGCUGUGUUUGAAGUAUGCGGUACCUGAGUAGUACUUAAAGCACUUUGGGGGUACUCUUACCGCCGUGAAGGUACUGGGGCUAUGAGCGGCGUACACGCUCGAGAGAUCCCGUGAGCACAGAAUGUUUGCUGUGUUGCGCAGAUACAUAGACUUGAGAGGGCUGGUUAUCCGAAAGCAAUUAUUACUGAUAUAUUGAGUCGUGUGUUAACACGUUUGGUAAGAGGAGACAAACGAGAAAAGGUUAGAGAGAAGGAUAAGUUCACCGUCAUUAAGUAUGUGCAUAAGGCAUCGCAUAGGUUAAAGAAAUUACCUAAGAAGUUUGGGGUAGAUGUCGUGCUUAGAAAGGGGUGGGGUCUUAAUUCCCUACUUAAUAGGGUAAAUAAGGAGCGGAACACUGGUUGUAAAGCUGGACAUCAAACAAAGUACGUUAAGUGUGCUAUAGGGGUAGUAUAUUGUAUUCCAGUAAAAUGUGCGUAGAAAUAUGUAGGACAGACAACACGUUGCUUAAACACGAGGCUAACGGAACAUAAUCAAAAAUAGGAAAAGAAUGGAAACGACACUAGGUGGGCACCUCGCACGGUGUAAGGGAUGCGAACCCGACUUAAAUAGCACAGAAGUUUUGUAUCAAAACAAGAAACAAGGGGCGUUGGUAUAUUUGGAAGCCUCAACGAUAAAGAAAUUGGGGAACUUGUGUAUAAGUGUGCCGUCUGUAACUUUGUCUGAUAAGAUAGAAUGUUUUCUUGCAUAGAAUGUUUUCUCGCGUGAUGCUGUGCUAGUGUGGAGAGGAGGUAUUAGGUUUAAAAGAAACCAAAGCAGCACAAUGUACUGAAAGUCGAGUGCAAUAGGGUGCACGGUAUGUGGCUUAUCAAUGCUCUUUAGUUUCACGCGUCUGUUCAAGGCCAUCCACCUACCCAUCCACCCCUAUUGCACUCGACUUUCAGUACAUUGUGCUGCUUGGGAAGGUAGGGACGGAAAUAAACUCAUAUGGUUGCAGUCAGUGCUUUGUCGCUUUGUUUGUGUUCGUCUCGUCCCAAGCAGAACAACGUACUGAAAGUUGAGUGCAAUAGGGGUGGACGGUAUAUCUGUCUUAUCAAUGUUCUUUCCCAAGCAGCACAAUGUACUGAAAGUCGAGUGCAAUGGGGUGGACGGGUAGGUGGAAGGCCUUGAACACGCUCG